AAACAUAGUUAAUAGACGAAGAAUUUUAUUGGUGUUAUGUUAACCCGAAGAUCAUUGCUAGUUCACGACUUCCACACUUUGUUAGUUAUGGCAAGUUAUGGUAAUCACUGAACUAGCCCUGAGUUGUUGCUCUGACCAACAGCAAAAUAAUAAUAUUUACUUAACUAACUAGAUAUAUACUUAGGUAGGUACCUAUGUUUGAUUGUCAUUUGAAUUUGAAAUUGUCAAAAAUCUUUAUUCGAAAUUUGAACGGACAGGGACCCAUGUCUUGAACGGUAUUAGACUAUAGUUAUUUACGAUACAAGUGCAGAAAAUAGGAAAUUCUCAACGAGUGGUGAUGAAUUACAACACGACCGAAGGGAGUAUUUUAAAUCGACAUCGAUAGUUUCUACUAGACCAAUCGAUCGAUAAUCGAUCGAUGGUUAGAAUGGAACGGUCGACGUCGAUCCAUAAUUUCUAUUAGACCACAUCAAUCGAUCGACACCGUAAUGUUGCGAACAAAACGUUAUUUUUAAUACUUAGGUAAAAUGUAUCACUGAUUAAGGAGUCGUUAUAGUACAUUACGAUACAAGUGCGAAAAAUAGGAAAUUACCUAUUCUCACAUGUAUCGUACAACGUUUUACAGUACAUAUGGCCCUUUAAAUGUUCGACACAGUAACGCAAUAUGCUAAUUUUCGCACUAGUGCGGUAAAGUAGCACCAUAUGUACUGUAAAAUAUAUAGACACACAGUUACACACAAAAAGAUUUAAUAAUAAGGAUGAUGUCUAUAUCGGUCGUCAUCGUGGUCGUGGUGGUCGUGGCUACUAAAUCUGCCGUGGCCCAAGAUGCUACCACUUUCACCUCCCUGGCUGUCAUGUCCUUGGCUGUGGCCAUCAGAAUGGCCGCCAUGGCCACCUGUAAAAAUCUGGCAUGCCUAUGCUGCCUGACACCGCCAGCCCUCGGCAGCAUCCAUCUGCUGAAGGCAGCAGCGGUAGCUAAGGGCGCUGCCCUACUGAAAGCGGCGGCAGUGGCCAAGGGUGCGGCCUUAUUAGGCGCGGGCGCGCUUAUCAAAGUCGCGGCUAUUAAAGGAGCAAUCAAAGGCGCGGCAGCCAAAGGGGCAGCUAUCUUGGCAGCAAAGGGCGCCGCAGUGAAGGGCGCACUGGCAAUUGCAGCCAAGGCAGCUGACAUCGCCGUGCACAAGCUACCCCCUGUCCGACCACCACCGGUAGUGGUGCAGCCGGUCCCCGCGCCAAUCGUGAUCCCAGCAAACACCAUCGCAGUCAAGACGGCCCCCUCCCUCCCCCCGGUGCUGAGCAGCCUAACCUCCCUAUUGAGUUCGGCCCACAGUGCUGUGCAACACAAGGUUGACGCCGUCACCAACGCCCUCCACCCUCCGCGCGUCAUCGCUGCGCCCAUCAGCGCGCCUGUAUUAUACGAAGUCCCGGAACCGGUGCAGUUCUACCCUUUAAUCCAGAGGGUCGAGGAAGACUGCCUGUGAGGUUGAAACAGCUACACAACGCUAUUUAUAAUAUAAUAGUAAUAAAUUAAUUACCUUUUA